AUGGAGUCUCUCAUCGACCCUAGCCAUGGCGAUUCUCACUCUUCAUCUCUCGACAGUCUAAAACCUAGCGUCCUAGUAAUCAUCCUCAUCCUCCUCAUGACUCUCCUCAUCUCCGUCUCCAUCUGCUUCCUCCUCCGUUGCCUUAACCGCUGUAGCCACCACUCUCCUCUCUCUCCCUCUUACACUUCCUCCUCCUCCGAGUCACUCAGAUUCUCCACUCGACGAGUCUCUCCCGAGACGGAACGUUCCUCGGUGCUAGACUCGCUCCCGGUUUUCAAAUUCUCCUCCGUCACUCGCCGAUCUACCGCAUCUAACUCCAGCGACUGCGCCGUUUGUUUGUCGAAAUUCGAACCUGACGAUCAGCUUCGUCUUCUUCCUUUGUGUUGCCACGCGUUCCACGCGGAUUGUAUCGAUAUUUGGCUUAAGGCGAACCAAACGUGUCCUCUCUGUCGCUCUCCUCUGUUCGCGUCAGAGUCUGAUCUCAUGAAGGCUCUUAACACCUCCGCCUCUCUUGUAAACAACAACGGCGGUGGAGGAGGAGAUAACAGCUUCCGUCUCGAAAUUGGAUCCAUCAGCCGUCGCAACAAUCCGACUCCAGAAUCCGGCGACCAGCACCGGUCUUACUCGAUCGGAUCGUUUGAUUACGUUGUGGACGACGUGGAUUCAGAAAUAUCAGAGUCGAACAUUAGUCAGAGAAACGCGCCGCGAAAACAUGGAGACGCGACUGCGGUUGCGGUUACGACGUCGAAUUCUAAUGCAGCGUUUGAAGCGAGUUUGGCGGGGGAGAUAGGGGGUGGUAACGAAGGUUCAAGAAGCUGGCUUAAGGAUUACGUGGACAGGCUCUCGCGUGGUGUUUCGUCUCGUGCGAUGUCGUUUAGGAGCUCUGGGAGGUUUUUCACAGGGAGUAGUAGGAGGAGUGAGGAGAUGGUGGUUGACUUGGAAGCGAAUCAUGCUGGAGAGGAGAUUAGCGAGCUUUUCCGGUGGCUUUCAGGUGUGUGA